CUGUCCGUGCUCGAUUUGGCUCUUCUUCUUCCGAAGGCCUAUUCAAAGCGGCGAAGUCCCCGAUACACGACAAGCUCACUCCUCAACAUCGACGCUGCCGGACAGUCUACUGGGCCUGAGCAACACCUUUCGAGGAGGACGGAAGGGCAGCCAGUCGAGACCGGCUUGCAGCGGCCCAACAAAGCCGAGACCGAGAGGCCGAGCAGCGCACUCUUGUUGGCGAAAUUCUCUUCUGACGCUCACCUACUCCUCACGAUGGACGAGAGAGCAACGGCCAAACUAUGGCUGGCACCACUUUGGCGCUUAUUGCGGGUAGGCCAUUUGAGGCAUACAGCUCAGUCUGGCAGAGUAAGUCCGUUCUGCGACUGA